AUGAAUUCACCCGACUCCAGUGAGCAGCAUCUCUUUCUUCAGCCGUUUUGGGAUUAUGUUCUUACCGAGUUUGGUGACAUUGUGAAUUCCCCAUUUUUCCCAGUCUUACUGGCAUUUUCUGGAUACCUGUGCUUCAGUUUUCCUUAUGCUAUUAUUGACAUACUGGGAGACCAAUGCCCCCUUCUGUAUCAAUACAAAAUUCAGAAGAAGAAAUGUCCAACAGUAGAGAUGAUGAUUCUUUGUGUCUGGAAGGCUGUGUACAAUCAUGUGAUUUAUGUUUUCCCAGCUGUGUUUCUUAAUUGGUUGUGGAUGCCCCCAUGGCCUUUACCAGUGAAUGCGCCAACUGUAUGUUGUCUCCUUGGAGAGGUGUUGGGAUGCCUACUUCUGUUUGACUUUCAAUAUUAUAUAUGGCAUGUUGUGCAUCAUAAGAACCAUUGGCUAUACAAGAAGGUUCAUUGUGUCCACCAUAGAUAUGUUGCCCCAUUUUCAUGGUCAAGUCAGAAUCUUAGUGGCUAUGAGCUCAUGGCUGUUGGCUUUUGGAGUAGCCAGAAUCCCAUCAGGUUAGGCUGUCACCCUCUGACGUCAUGGACAUGUAACCUGCUUAGCAUAUGGAUGUCUGUAGAUGACCAUACAGGCUACAAUUUUCCCUGGUCACUUUCACAAGUUGUGCCCUGCGGUUUUAUAUGGAGGGGGGCUGGCUCAUGA